UAGGACAGGUUCAGGACGGGUUUGGAACGGGUUUAGGAUAGGUUUAGGACGGGUUUAGGUUGGGUUUAGGACGAGUUUAGGAUGGGUUAGGAUGGGUUUACCUCCGGCUGCUCACGUGGCCCCUGCCCUCCGGCUGCUCCACGUGAGCUCCGGGGACACGUUUCACCCUGCGGAGGAAAUCCCGCCGGCAAGCUCAGCAGCUGCCGGGAUGGCUCACGGCUGCACGGUCCCUGCCAAGGGCAGAGGGCUCUGACCCCGCCGCCGGAGGGGCGCUGGGUGCUGCUCUGCCUCCCACCCACAAGCCUUGGGCAAGCGUUUGUGCCUCCCGUCCUGCCCAGCGCACGUUUAGGUUACACCCCCCAGUUCCUCCCCCAUCCCUGAGGUCCCAGCGGCCACCGGACGGGCAGGGCGGCAUUGUCAGGUGCUGCCGCCCCACAGCUUUGCUCCCAUGGGUGCUGGCGGUCUGGGCAGGACCCCCCCUACCCCUGCCCGAGCCCUGUGGGGGGAGCAGAGGGCUGAAACCCAGCCCACAGGGUCAUGAGGGCUGGGUGGCCCCACUGUCCCCAGCUCAAAUGCCACCAGGGGAACUGGGUUUCGCUGUCACCUGAUCCCCGUGGCUGCUGGAAUGUUCUGCGGGUGCUAUAUAAGGGGGCCAAGGAGCCGGCUCUCGGGGCGAUGGCUGCGCUGAGAGGGGUGUAAGGCAGGAGCCAGGACACGGUGCCGAGGUCCCUACGCCCCUCUGCCACGAUGGUGGGUCUGAAGCCCCCCGAGGUGCCCCCAACGGCCACCAUGAAGUUUGUCAGCGCGGGGAUGGCCGGCUGCAUCGCCGACCUCUGCACCUUCCCCCUGGACACCGCCAAAGUCCGGCUGCAGAUCCAGGGUGAGGUGCGGAUCCCCCGCAGCACCAGCACCGUGGAGUACCGGGGCGUUCUGGGGACGCUGAGCACCAUGGUGCGGACGGAGGGACCCCGCAGCCUCUACAGCGGGCUGGCGGCUGGGCUGCAGCGGCAGAUGAGCUUCGCCUCCAUCCGCAUCGGGCUGUACGACUCGGUGAAGCAGCUCUACACCCCUAAGGGUGCCGAGAGCACAGGGCUGGCAGCACGGGUGCUGGCGGGCUGCACCACGGGUGCGGUGGCGGUGACGUGCGCCCAGCCCACCGACGUGGUCAAGGUGCGGUUCCAGGCCAACGGGGCGCUGCCGGAUGGCGCCCGCCGGUACAGUGGCACCGUGGAUGCCUACCGCACCAUCGCCAGGGAGGAGGGCGUCCGCGGGCUCUGGAGAGGGACGCUGCCCAACAUCGCCCGCAACGCCAUCAUCAACUGCGGGGAGCUCGUCACCUACGACCUCAUUAAGGACGCGCUGCUGCGGGCACAGCUGAUGACAGACAACGUCCCCUGCCACUUCGUGGCUGCCUUCGGGGCUGGCUUCUGCGCCACGGUGGUGGCAUCGCCGGUGGAUGUGGUGAAGACGCGGUACAUGAACGCCGGCCCUGGGCAGUACCGGAACGCGCUGAGCUGCCUCCUCGCCCUGCUCAUGCAGGACGGCGUCGCCGGCUUCUACAAGGGGUUCGUCCCCUCCUUCCUGCGGCUCGGCUCCUGGAACGUGGUGAUGUUCAUCUCCUACGAGCAGCUGCAGCGCGCCGCGGUGCUGGUCCGGCCGGCCCAAUCCUGACCCCCGCCCCAGCCCCUCUCGCCAGCGUUGGCGGGACACAGGAGUAAAUUAUAUUAAUUGCUGAAGCCCGGGGGGAGCCAGGAUGCCGCACGCCCCUGGCCCGGUGGGGACCCCCGAGAGAUGGAAGGAGGAACGAGGGUACGUGCAGAGAAACGUGGGAGAAGGGAAGUUUCCAGCGAGCAGUCUAGGGAGGAAGAAAAAAAAUGUUUGUAGGUUUUCUAGCUGGGAAGAGCAUCGCGUCCCGGCGGUGGCAGAGACAAGGCGCGUGGUGCGGGCAGACGGGACGGAGCUGAGGGCAGGGGGAUGCGGCGAUUCCUGUUAUUCCUGGCGCUUCUAAUAAACCGCCCCUAUGGGGUCUGACCGCGGC